GAUCACUCGUCAAUAUCUCUAGUAGUCUCACUAAAGGUGUCAACCCUCUGAAAUAAAACCGUUCGGAGGGAGUAUUGGGGAGCAUGCGCUUUUCUUUCGUCCAGGUUGUCUUUUGACGACAAUGGAUCAUUAUAUACAGUACGAAUAGAAGUGAAGUUAUUAAAAAAGUUUAAAACCCCGUGUUCGUUAUUUAGUGAUGUUAGAGUGCUAGCGAACAUGAGAAGCAGUAGCUCAGAGCUGCUUCUAGACCAACAAGAAGAACUGAGAAAACGUAAGAUACAAGAGUUAGCUUUAUCAAAACGUAACCGUGUCCAAACGAGCAGAUCAUGUAGGGAAAGGGCGCUAUUUUAUUCAACCAGUGUUUUGGCUAUAAUUGCAAUAACCGCCGGCUCGUCUUUACUAUUUCUCGUACCACUUUAUGUUGAUCCAGCUAUAUCAACACUUGCAUCGAAUUUUGUUACCGAACCUGUUAAUUGUGUGACGACUAGACGUGAAGAUCUAACUGGUUUAGCUAAUUGUAGUUGGAGUUCUUGUAGAGAAGGUUGCACAAGUGACACAUACCACUGUACGCAUAUCUAUGUCAGCUAUAAUGAUUCUAGUGCAAACCCCAAUCAAACCGAAGAUGCUGUGCUUUUAGUAAAUAUAAAAGGAUGUGGGUAUCCUCCAUCGGUUCUCUGCAAAAAUUUUACUGAAAUGUAUGGUACUGAAGGCACCGAAUUUCCAUGUCAUCAUUCUCAAGAAAAUCGAACCGUGGUACUAACACAUUAUAAACGAGAUGAACAAGUAGCUAUUAUAAUACAUUAUUUUGCUGUACCAUUUAUAAUAACUCUCGCCACAUCGGUGGCUUUGUGCGUAAUGCACUGCGAUUGUCGAUGUCAUCCUACGCAUCAUAAACGAACCAGAAGAUCAAGAAUACAUCAAGACCUAAGUGACGGUUCGAUUAGCACCGGUGUCGAUCUACAUCACGCUCAUAGCCAUCAUUCGGAUCUUGUCGCCAUUAGACCCAUGUAACAGAGCGCUUCUUAACAAGGAAUUGUUUAACGUUUAAGCGUAAAAAAACCACUUCGUUACUUGUUAGUUAGUCUUUUAUAUAUUUUAUAUAAUAAUUUUAAGAGCAGCACAUAUGUAAUAUAUCGUUAUCAUUAAUAUUAUUUA